AUGACAGCCACGAUCGCGACAUUAGGACCUUUUGCCGCAGCGGAAUGCGGCAUAGCAAAUAGACCAGCGCCUGCACGGACAUCUUCUCUUAGAAACACCUGGUUGGCGCCCCUAGAUCGUACUUCCCCCUCCGCUGCGAUUUUGCGGAAAAACCUUUCUCCUUCCCGCUUCUUACGACGCGGCCCACAAACUCUACAGCCAUACCGCGCCGAAGCAAACGACCAAGAUGGCAAAUGGACAGUGUAUGCCUUCGGCGCCUCCUCUCCGUCCGUGUCGGCGGCAUUCGCGGGGACGUCGGCGGGAGCGCCGUUGUUGGAGCAGCCGGACCAGCGGGCGGUCGUGGCGGACGUCGCGCGGCUCUUAUCGAAGCCGCGAGGCUACGACUUUCGCGAACACCACCACCACGAGCAGCAAACCAAAGAAGCGCUCAGUAACGAGGACGCGGAGCGCGCGGCGGCAUCGAGCGUGAAGGAGGGAACGACGAUCGGCGAGGUGGCGGCGAUCGAGCUCGUGCGACAGCUCAGCCCGCAGGGGCGCGAAGUGCUGCUCACGGCGCUCUUCCCGGGAGGUACGCGGACUGUCUUUGAGUCGACUCUACAAGAAAAAUGUCCCAAGAAUGCGCGAGUGUUGGAAAGUCGAGCAGAAGAGCAAGUUGGAGCAUGCGGAUGCGCAUCACGACGGGCGGACUGUUCGGAGGCGGAGGACGAGUUUGAGCACGCGGACGCGCAUCACGACGGGGUGAUAAGCGAGGGCGAGUUCGAGCAGUACGUGGGAGAGCAGCAGGCCAAGAUUGACGCGCUGCACCGCCCGCUCGACUUCCCGCACCUCGCGCUGCUCGCCAAGAAGGAAGCUCUCGGCAACUUGGGCUUCGGACUCACAAAGAACACGGUGAUGAUCAUAUCAGGCGACUUUAUAGCGAGUACGCUCGGAGCUGCCUUCGGGUUCUCCACUCCCAUGGCUGCAGGGCUGGGCAACGCAGUGGCGGAUGUGAUAGGCACGUGGUGCCGGGGAGCCAUAGAGUCGUCGUCCUCCUCUCAUUCCCCCCAUUCACCCUGUCUCCUGACGUCCCCCUUCCCUUAUCAGGCUGCGGGUUUGGGCAAUGCAGUGGCGGACGUGAUAGGCACGUGGUGCCGGGGGGCCAUAGAGUCCUCCUCCUCCAAGCUCCUCCCCGGAGCCACCUUCUCCUCGCACCAGCUCGAGCACCCCAAGGCCCAGCUCUUCGCCACCGUCGGCGCUGUCCUGGGAGUCACUGUGGGCGGCUUGAUGGGCCUCUCUCCGUUGUUCUUCCUGCCGGCCCGUGGGGGUGGAGGGGAGGGUGGGCACGGUGCUGGUCCGGCGGUGACUGCUGGCGUGGCGGCUGCUUCGGCGGCAGCUUCGGCGAUGAAGGUUGCUGCUCCGAUUGGUAUUAUUGCGUCGGCGGACGGGGUUGAGGAGGUCGCGUCAGGUCACGCUGCAGCUGGAUCUACUAGAAUUACUGGUGUUACAGGUAGCAUGGGGGGGGCAUUCACCCGAGGCGCUACAGCCCAUGCGUCCAUCAGCGCAGCGCAUUGGAUGGGGCCGUCCCCCUCGUUCCGCCCACCCCUUACAGGCGCAGUGGGGGAGCGCGGAGGGCUGGGAGUGGGGCUUCUGCUGGCGCUGUCGGCAUUCAAUGUGGCGCGGCGAGUGAGGGGGGUGUUCAUGAGGAGGGAGGGGGAGAGAAACGGCGAGGGGGGAAGGAAAUACCAGUAG